AUGGUGAAGUUCCUGCUUCAGAUCUCCGCCGAGCUCAAGAAUCUGACCUACCUUCAGCCGCAGGACGGCUGCGACGACCCGGACUACUCCUAUCUCUUCAAGCUGAGAUGUGAGUGGUGUGGAGAGCUGAGCCUAAGAGAAACUCGUGUGAGCUUGAACGAGACUGUUCCUCUUCCAGCCCGCAAUAAGAGAACCGCUAAUGUCAUCCGCAAGAGAACCGCUAAGGUCAUCCACAGGAGAACCGCUAAUGUCAUCCAGAAGUGCAAGCUUUGUGAGCGGGUUGGAAUGAUCCUGAUGCACCCAGGCCUUGGCAAGCCACUGACCCAGGCAGCAAGUGAUGCCAGGCAGUUCGCCCCCAUGAUGAUUUUUUAUUUCAGAGGUUUUGUACCCGUGGACUUUGUAUUUGUUGGUGGCUGGAGAGCUGAGUCUCCGAAUGGCAUAAAUUUUGAGCACAUUGACUUGUCGGCAGGGAAGUUUGUUGAGUAUGAUGUGGAGUACCCAGUUAUGAUUUCUAAUCUUCUGGCUGCUUGUGGUUGGGUCUUUUAUGCCGCCUGAAAUUCGUCAUGUUUUUUAAAACUUGGUAUGUGAAGCUAACUGUUUGUCUGUGAAUAAGAUAAAACUUUAGAGCUAAUGUUGCGACACGUACUCAGUUGUAAAAGGAUAUAGUUACGUAGAUACGGCAUGUUAUACUGUUAAAC